UAAAUACACAUCUUCACACCCAUCUCACUUUAGUCCAUAUCCUUACACAUCUAAUCACAUAACAACAAACAAAUCUUCAAACCCAAAAAAAAAAAACUAUGAACAUCAUCAAACCAACAAAAGCAAGUCUCUUCCUUACUCUCCUCAUCAUCACAACCCUCACUUCCCUAACCCGGGCCACCCGGCCCGACCCGACUUCCAAGGGGGCCAAGCCCAAGGGGCACAACAACGGCGGCGACUUCUUUGGGCCGGGUGGCGGGUUUGGCAUACCCGGGUUCAACGACCCGGGUAUGUUCGGAGGCGGGUAUGGAUACGGAUACGGGUCCCCGAGCGGGGGCCACGGAAAGAGUGGGACCGUAAGGCCUAGUGUGGUGUGCAAGGAAAAGGGUCCAUGUUACAUGAAGAAACUAACGUGCCCUGCUAAGUGUUUUUACUCCUUUAGUAGGUCUGGCAAGGGUUAUGGUGGUGGUGGUGGAGGUGGUGGUUGCACCAUGGAUUGCAAGAAAAAAUGUAGUGCUUAUUGUUAAGCUUUUAUUUUAUUUUAUGAGUGGGAAAAUUAAUUAAGUGGUUGAUUAUAUCUUUGAUGAUACAACAACUACUACUAUAAAUAUAUAUAUAAUAUAUAUGUGGACAAUAUAGUAUGUGGUAUGUGAUCUUAUUUAAGGCUUUUGUUAUAUGGUGUUACUAAUUAGUUCCUAUUAUGUUACUUUUAUAUGAGUAAAUAGUAGGACUUUUAUGAUUUAUAUGUAGCUAUAUAUACUUAUGAUGUUAUUUAUGGUUUUGUUAUUAGUAUUAGUGAUUUGUGAGGGUUUUUUUUUCUCUUGCCUUUUGUGUUUGCUUUGCUUUGAUGUUGUGGGAUGUAAUAUAUAUGGUACUGGACUACUGGUGGAAUAAAGAGAGGCUAUAUCCUCUUGCAUU